UAGAGCACUACAAUCCCAUGUUCACCGAUAUCGACUCGUCAAUGCCAAAUGUCAAGCGCAAGUUCACGCUCUCUCAGGUCUUGAAGACGAUGGCAGCGCAGAAACGCAAUGCAGGAAUUGCGUCUGCCAUGGUAGCCCGGGCGUCUCUCAAUGAUGAGGAGUUGAAAAUGCACGUCUACAAGAAGACGCUGCAAGCCUUAAUCUACCCCAUAUCAAGCACGACGCCGCACAACUUCACCAUCUGGACGGCGACGUCGCCCACCUACUGCUACGAGUGCGAGGGCCUGCUGUGGGGGAUCGCUCGUCAGGGCGUGCGCUGCACCGAGUGUGGGGUGAAGACUCACGAGAAGUGCAAAGAUUUGCUCAAUGCUGACUGUUUGCAACGUGCUGCUGAGAAGAGUUCUAAGCACGGGGCAGAUGACAAGGCUCACUCCAUCAUAAUGACCAUGAAGGAUCGCAUGAAGACACGCGAGAAAAACAAGCCGGAGAUAUUCGAGGCAAUACGGAAGGUUUUCAGCGUCGACAAGAAGUCUCACGCGGGGCACAUGAAGGCCGUGAAGCAGAGCGUGCUAGACGGCACGUCCAAGUGGUCCGCGAAGCUCGCAAUCACGGUGAUCUGCGCGCAAGGGUUGAUCGCGAAGGACAAGAGCGGAACGAGCGACCCCUACGUGACCGUGCAGGUCGGCAAGACGAAAAAACGCACGAAGACCGUGCUACAGGACCUGAACCCCGUCUGGAACGAGAAAUUUUACUUUGAGUGCCACAAUGCUUCAGACCGGAUCAAAGUCCGAGUUUGGGACGAAGACGACGACUUUAAGUCUCGGCUGAUGUCAAAGUUUAACCGGGAGUCGGAUGACUUCCUGGGUCAGGCGGUCAUUGAGGUUCGCACGCUCAGUGGUGAGAUGGACGUCUGGUAUAACCUAGAAAAGCGAACAGACAAGUCUGCGGUGUCUGGUGCUAUACGAUUACACAUCAGUGUGGAAAUCAAAGGAGAGGAGAAAGUGGCUCCGUACCACGUGCAAUACACGUGCCUACACGAACCUGUUUUCCACUACCUCUGUGAGAAGCGGGCGGGGCCGUCAAGCUGGCCGAUGGUGAAGGGAGAGCGACGCGUGAAGACUCUACUUUCGAGACACCGCUCACAGGAGAUCGUCGACGAGUUUGGCUGCGCUACGGGAAUAGAGUCCAUAUACCAGGCGAUUGACCAUUUCUCGUGCCUGUCAUCUAAGUACAUGUGUGCGGGAGUUCCAGCCGUCAUGAGCACACUGUUAGCCAACAUCAACGCCUACUAUGCACACACGACCAGCAACACAGCCAUCUCUGCCAGCGACCGAUUCGCAGCCUCCAACUUUGGCAAAGAGAAAUUUGUGAAGCUACUCGACCAGGUGCACAACUCAGUGAGGAUAGAUCUCUCCAUGUACAGGAAUAAUUUUCCGGCUUCCAACCCUGAGAAACUGCAGGACUUGAAGUCAACUGUUGACCUCCUCACUAGCAUCACGUUCUUCAGGAUGAAGGUACAAGAGUUGUCGAGUCCGCCGCGCGCUAGUCAGGUGGUGAAGGAUUGCGUGAAGGCCUGCAUGAAGUCAACGUACCAGUUCCUCUACGAGAACUGUGACGAGCUCUACCAGCGAGAGUUCCAGACAGAGAUGACCGACCAGCAGCACCAGCAGCAGAAAGAGGCAAAUCAAGGGCAGGAGACGCAGGACGGUGGACCGAGCAUCAAGAGCCUUGACUUCUGGCCAAAACUCAUCUCACUCAUCAUAUCAGUUAUAGAAGAGGACAAGAAUAGCUACACACCUGUUCUCAAUCAAUUUCCUCAGGAAUUGCAUGUGGGACAAGUCAGUGCAGAACAGAUGUGGACCUUGUUUUCUGUGGAUAUGAAAUAUGCAUUGGAAGAGCACGAGCAGCAUAAACUGUGCAAGAGUAUAGACUACAUGAAUUUGCUGUUUAAAGUAAAGUGGCUGUACAAUAAGUAUGUUACUGAUGUGCCUCCGUACAAGGGAACCAUCCCCGAGUAUCCCGCGUGGUUCGAGCCGUUCGUACUGCAGUGGUUGGGAGAGAACGACGAUGUCUCACUCGAGUACCUUCACAGUGCCUAUGACAGAGAUAAGAAAGACGGGUUCCAGCAGACGGCCGAACACUCGCUCUUCUCAGCCUCCGUUGUCGACGUGUUCACGCAGCUCAACCAGUGCUUCGACGUCAUCAAGAAACUCGAGUGCCCCGAUCCAAACAUCCUCAACUGCUACAUGCGACGCUUCGCGAAGACAAUAAACAAGGUACUGUUGGCCUAUGCAGACUUGGUUAGGAGGGACUUCCCCCGGCUGACCGUUAGAGAGAAAACAGCUUGUAUCCUCAUGAAUAACAUACAGCAACUACGAGUACAGCUUGAAAAGGUCUUCGAAUCUAUGGGAGGAAAUGAUCUGGAUCCAGAAGCUGCCAACAUCUUGAAGGAGCUGCAGUCGAAACUGAGCGGCGUUCUCGACGAAUUAGCGUCAAUGUUUGCCAACAGUAUUGAGCAGAAGAUUCAGGGCAGUGUGCAGGAGCUGGGGGCGCUGCUCGCCAAGGUGAAGGGAGGCGGCAACGUGGCACUGAGCAAGCCCAGCGACCGGCAGAACGUCUCGCACGAGGCGGACAUGGUGCUUCGGCCGCUCAUGGACCUGCUCGAUGGAAAUCUUUCCCUCUAUGCUCAAAUGUGCGAGAAGACGGUGCUGAAGCGGCUGCUGAAGGAGCUGUGGAGGAUUGUGAUCCAUUCGCUGGAGAAGUCGGUGGUGUUACCGCCACUAACCGACCCCGGCAGCGAGCUGUCGAAGGAGGCGGAGAAGAACCUGACGCCGCGGCAGUGCGCCGUCCUGGACAUGGCGCUCGACACGAUCAAGCAGUACUUCCACGCCGGCGGCAGCGGACUGAAGAAGACCUUCCUCGACAAGAGCCCCGAGCUGCAGUCGCUGCGAUACGCGCUCUCCCUGUACACGCAGACGACCGACACGCUCAUCAAGACGUUCGUCGGCACGCAGACGUCACAGGGUACGAGAAAUGCGAGCGUGGCCGCCGGGGGCGCCACUAGGCUACUGGGCGCCGUGGUCGGCCACGUGGCCACGCACGGUAGUUUUAGCAAUAGCAGCCACCCCUCCGUCGUGGCAGCAAACGACCUUAAGUGGCAGACGACGGGCAUGUUCCGGCCAUUCGUCGAAGUCAACCUCGUCGGUCCGCACCUCAGCGACAAGCGACGCAAGCAUUCGACGAAAUCGAAGAGCAACAACUGGUCGCCCAAGUACAAUGAGACGUUUCACUUCAUUCUCGGAAACGAGGAAGAUCCUGAUGCCUAUGAGCUUCACUUCUGUGUCAAGGAUUACUGUUUUGCUAGAGAAGAUCGCCUUAUAGGUGUCGCCGUGAUGCAGCUGCGUGACAUCGUCGAGCAGGGCAGCUGCGCGUGCUGGUGCGCGCUCGGCAAGCGCGUGCAGCUAGACGAGACCGGCUGGACGAUCCUGCGCAUCCUGUCGCAGCGCAGCAACGACGAGGUCGCCAAGGAGUUCGUCAAGCUGAAGUCGGAGAGCCGCGGCCAGGAGGACCUCCCCACCUGAUCACGCCCCGCCCCCCGUGCCUUCUCCCCUGGAAACCCGCACCGGGGAAGCUGAGACGACGACGCGAGGUUUUAAUAUCGGUGCGAUCGCUGGUAGAGGGCGCACGUGUGCAGCCGGCAGGUGUCACCGGC